CUGCGCAUUUGCAGCGCAGCUAUGCGCAAGCCACAACCGUCCCCUUGGUGACGAAACGGGAAUCUUUUUUUUUUCUCCUUGGUGAAACUUCCUGGGUCUACUUUCAUCAAGUUAGUUAUGAAAUCUUUCUUUCCGCGUUGCUGUUAGGAGAGGGGAUAUCAUUGAUAUUCGGUUUUAUCAUGCGGCAAACGUUAAAACAACCAGACCAAGUUUGUGAAUCCUGCGACGCUCGCUGAAGUUCAAACACCGAUCCGGCCGCUGUAACUACAAAUCCACCAUGGAAGAAGGGAAUAAGCCUCAGCGCAAGAUGUCCACGGCGGGGGACAGCCUGUACAAGAUCCUCGGCUUGCAGAAGGGAGCCACUGCGGACGAGAUUAAAAAGGCGUACCGGAAGCUGGCGCUUAGGCAUCACCCGGACAAGAACCCAGACAACCCGGAGGCGGCGGAGAAGUUCAAGGAGAUCAACAACGCCAACGCCAUCCUCAACGACGAGAACAAACGCAACAUCUACGACGAGUAUGGCUCCAUGGGGCUCUACGUGGCCGAGCAGUUCGGAGAGGAUAGUGUCAAGUACUACUUCCUGACGUCAAAGUGCUGGUUCAAGGCACUGGUGGUGUGCUGCAGCAUCUCCACCUGCUGCUGUUGCCUCUGCUGCUGCUGCUUCUGCUGCGGCCGCUGCGGCAAGAACCUGGAGGGGGACGGCGACCCCUACAUGGACCCAGAAGACCUGGAGGCCCAGAUCAGGGCCGAGCAGGACGCAGGCGAGAACACGCCAAUUGUCAUCCAGCCCCACGCGGCAAACGGCGGCAGUACCGAGUCCAUCGACAAGGACCAGGCCGUCUACCAGCUCACCAUCCCGGCUGAGGAAUGAGCGGGGACCCGGUGUCCGGGUCUUUCAAGGUCUUCAGGACUUUAUGACAGACCGUGGGGGGAACACCCCCACUGGAGCCACGCCCACAGUGGAUAAUGAAUAAAGUUGUGAAUGAGACCAGGGAGAGAAGAAAAAAAGAACGGAAAAGGCCUAAAAGAGGAUUUUUUUGGAUUUUUUUUACAGGAAUUAAACCGAAAUUAGAGGAUUUUCUUCGUUUCUUUUAUUUUUCCUGAAGCCAAAGUUUCACGAUUUAUUUCGUGAAACGUUCUUAUUUAUUUUUACAGAAUUGUUUUGGGCUCUUUCCUUUAGAUUUGUUGGAAUUGUGGAUGAAUACUUUGUUGCACUUCAAGGCGGAUUGGAGAGCGUUUGACCCGGCCAGCAUUGCCCCAACAGCCCGCGGUGUUGGUUUCUAAAGGUAAACGUUUGAAUCUCUGCUUACUGCUGCUGACGGUCGAGACCACAACUCGAAAACCGCUCGUUUCGAACGAAAAAAAAUCAUUUUCAGCAUGUAUCACGUCAUCACAAGCACCAUCAUAAACGUCUUCCGAUUGGCCGUUUGUGAACGAUGUAAACCAUGAGAGAAGCAUGGAAGGUCGGGACUAUAUUUGAUUCUUUGUUCCCCGGUGUGUAGGCACUGUAGAAUACUCCAGCAUCACGCCAAUAAGAAACUAAGAUGUGCUCAUUUGUUUUUUUCCGGGUGAAGUGCUGAGAAAACCACUGAUUCACGGGGUGGAGGGGGAUUUUAAAUGACGUAGAUGUACACGAAUCUUCCGUGUUUGACUUUGUUUUUAAUGUUAAAUCAGAAAUAGCCUAGCUACUGUAUAGGUGUAUUUGUAAUUUACAUUCCACCAAAUAUGAUUCCCCUUAUAAAAGUACCACUGAAAUGUAUAAAGUGUAUAUAUGAAAUGUUGAUACAUCUCUCUUUUCUGAACUGCAUUUCAAUUUUCAAUUAAAUUUUAAACUUCUCACGUCAA